AUGAAUUCUCCACGUGUCUCGGCUCUGGGGUGAGGGAAUAGGCAGCCUGGCAACCCAGUGGCAUCCCUUCAGGGGCCCUGGGCCCUGCCCACCUUACCAGGAGGAGGACGGCCAAGAAGAAAAGCGCAGCGGCGGAGCGGCGGGACAGUGAGCCAAGAGUAGCUGCGGGUCCGGGACGGGGCAGGCGAGCUCCGAAUCGCGCCGGCGCCCCGGGUCAGUCUCAGUUCCUCGCCUGGCGGGCGGAGCCUCCCGGACUCGCCCUGGAGAUCAGCCCACUUCUCUCGCCCGCGGGCCCGCCGGGGCCAGCAGGACUUCAUUAUGGAAAUAGAUCUCAAAGCCUACAACAACAGGACCCUUGCCAAAGAGAACAGCUCUACCUUUCCAGUGGACUCUAGUUUCCCUACCUGGGAAGACUAUAAGAACAGUGUAGAUGACAUACAGUACUUUCUGAUUGGUGUUUACACCCUGAUAAGUCUUGCUGGCUUUAUGGGAAACCUGCUGAUUCUUGUAGCAUUAAUGAAAUGCAAGCAAAAAACUGUAAUAAAUUUCCUCAUUGGAAACUUAGCCUUUUCGGACAUUUUGGUGGUUGUCUUUUGCUCUCCUUUCACUUUGACAUCUAUUCUGCUUGAUCAGUGGAUGUUUGGAAAGGUCAUGUGUCAUGUCAUACCCUUCCUGCAGUGUGUGUCUGUCCUAGUUUCCACUUGGAUGUUAAUUUCAAUUGCUGUGGUCAGAUGCUUAAUGAUACGACACCCUCUUUCAAGCAAUCUGACGCCAAAACAUGGCUGUUAUCUUAUUUGGACCAUCUGGUUUCUUGGUCUAGUCAUUUGCUCCCCUCUGCUUGUUUUCCACAAGAUUGUCAAUCUUCACGAAACCCUUAAUCUGAAAACCCUGCUAAGCAAGCACUUGUGUAUCGAGUCAUGGCCAUCUGCUUUGUACAGAAUUGCUUUUACUAUCUCCUUAUUACUCAUGCAGUACAUUUUGCCUUUGGUUUGUUUAACCGUAAGCCACACCAGAGUCUGUAGGUCUGUAAGUUCCAGAUUGUCAAGAAAAGAAAACAAACUGGAAGAGAAUGAGAUGAUCAACUUAACCCUCAGUGCACCCAAGAACUGUGGGCACCCACUGCAGCUCUCUGUCUCGGAGAGAUGGAGUUAUACUUUUGUCAAAAAACAGCGUAGGAGGUACAGUAAGAAAACUGCUAGUGUGAUGCCAGUGAUUUUAAGGCCCCGUCAAGAUAAUAUUUGUCGUGAUUUCCCAGAAACAUCAGGAACAGAAAGGAGUCAGCUUUCUUCAUCUACCAAAUUCAUACCAGGAGCACCCAUCUGCUUUGAAGUAAAGCCAGAGGAGACUUCAGAAGCACAGGAUGGGAUUAUAGCAGCUCGGCCUACCACUCAGGUUAUGAAGAGGUCUCGGAAGGUUUUCUGCCGAUUGACAGUGCUGAUCUUAGUAUUUGCAGUCAGUUGGAUGCCCCUUCACAUUUUCCAUGUUGUAACAGAUUUUAAUGGCAACCUCAUCUCAAAUAGGCAUUUUAAAUUGGUGUACUGUAUUUGUCAUUUGCUCGGUAUAAUGUCCUGUUGUUUAAAUCCCAUAUUAUAUGGGUUCCUUAACAAUGGCAUAAAAGCUGACUUGAUGGCUCUUAUUCCAUGUCUGCAGAUAUCGUGAAAUAACACUAAGGUAUAUAUUUAAAAAAUGUCCACAUUUCUACCAGAACUGUGAAAUAUCUCAUCUGGCUGUUCGUGUGAAUGCACUGCACUUCAUAAUAAUAAUUGACCAUUUAAUGUAGAAUGGUUAACUCCAGGCCUAACCAAUUUCCUGCAUUUGUUUUCUUGUUCAGGCGUGCCUGAUGUCAAAGUCUGACUUGUUAAUAUUGAUUCCUCUAAUCUUUUCCACCAGGAAGGUUUACAAGUCAGUCACCCAAGUCAAGUUUUAGGUUAAUGUUGCAAUUUAGUUUCAUGAUUUCUUUGUCUCAUAAAAAUAUAUCUCUGUAGUCUCACUAUGUGCAGGAAUGCAAGAUCAUAGCAUACCUCUAUAUGUUCUGGCCAAAGUUGCUUCAGCAGUAUUUCAAGAGUUUCAGAUAGCAAACCUUGCUAGCAAGUAUUAAAUUGAUACAUUGCCAUUAGGCAAUAGAUGAAUUAUUAAAUGUUUUGCUAAUAAGUAUUGUUUAAAAUGAAUCCUUUUAAAUAAAAUGUUGGCUUCUUUGUAACCAGGGCAUUCUUUUCAGUUUAAUACAAAGAAUUUGCAUCUUAAUAAGGUUUAAGCUGUAGGCAAACUGUACUGAAAAGCCUACAUGUAAACAACAACCAGUUCCAUAUUUAUUUAUUACAAUAUUAACAACACAGAAUGAUACAUGUACUUUGCACUUUACAAAAUCACACAGUAUCAAAGGCAACUCUCUUCCCACACACUUUUAAAUUUCACCAGUGAAGGAGACCAUAGGGAGAAGGUUCAAAGGGUGCCAGACAACAAAUAAUACAUUUGUAGCAUGUGCCCACAUUGUAGAAUGCUACAAAUUGGAUCCAGCCAAAUUUUCUGCUGGUGAAAAAGGAAGGUGGGAAUUACCCAAACAGGCUAUGCUGCGGAUCAUGGAACCUGUAUGUAAAAAUACUGUGUGGAAUUAAGAUUCUAGCAAGCAGUGGAAUUGAGUGAAACUGGCUGAGAAAAGGAUGGCUUGCUCCAAACUUAAAUCAUAACAUCUGAUUUUCCAGUAUUAUAUUUUCAAACAAGUGUCAUUGAUGCAAAUGCUGCAUGGGCCUCUAAGAACUGUCAUGACUGUAGCAUGCAUUUCUAAGGGGAAAAUGUGUAUAUCAGCAUAAUAUUUAAAAACACAGUAGGUUGGAUACCACUGAAGAUUUCCAUGAGCCAACAGCCCUUGAGCAAGUUGAAGUGCUAAAAGUAUCUGUUGCUAUCUACUUGCGCAAAGUGAAAGUAAUUGUAACUCUGUUAUGUUCUUUGUGUGUGCAAUGUAUUCCUUUUGCUACAGUUUCAAAAGCAGCUAAAAUAAAAUGCCAAUCAUCCAUU